AUGAAAAAGCUUGGCAUCCUCGACGUCCAAGGUCUCAACCAUGACGAGGCGUUGCUGCACUACUUCAACCUGUUCAAGGGGCCGCUCACCGACGACGCCGCCAAGGCGCUGACGUUGAAUUGCCAGAUACUUAACUGGAACGUCAGGGGCUUGAAUGACGGAGCACGACAGGACUCGGUGUGCGAGUUUGUGAGAACCACUGCCGCCACCAUCGUAUGUCUACAAGAAACAAAGAUGCAAGUUAUGGAUCAUAAUGUGGUGCGCCGAACAGUCGGACCGAAGUUUGUAAACUCCUAUACUGUGCUACCGGCGGAACAGACUCGAGGAGGCGUCUUCCUUGCGGUGAAUGAAGACUACUUCGACCUCUCCGACAUUGUACUUACCUCGAACGCCAUAACCGUGCAGAUCAACAUGAGGGCCGAUGGAACAAGGUGGCAAAUUAUGGUGGUAUACGGCCCGCAGAGAGAGGCAGCCAAACUACAAUUUCUCCAAGAAUUGAAGAACAUUCCCCCGUCGGUCCACAAUAGAUGGCUCAUCCUGGGAGAUUUCAAUCUCAUCUACCAGGCGAAAGACAAGAACAACUCCAACCUAAACCAGCGCCUUAUGGGGGCAUUUAGAGCGGCGAUCGAUCAUUUGAGGCCGGUCACCUCGACUCUUCCUAUGAAGCGAUUACACAUCAAAAUGGCGCGUGUGGCAAAAGCGAUCAAGCGCUGGAAGAAAGACAAGAUAGGGGAUAUGAGGAUACAGCUCGCCAUAGUAAAAGAAGUAUUGUUACAAUUAGAAGCAGCCCAAGAGCAUAGGUUGCUCACUGCCAUGGAGCUUCACCUAUGUCGCCGCCUCAAAUCCCGUAGCAUUGGCCUUGGCCUCGCUGCUAUUGAAAAAUCAAGAAUCAGACAGAGAUCAAGGCUAACAUACAUCCGAUGUGGAGAUACUAACACAAAAUUUUUCCACAGUAGAGCCAAUGCACGAUGGAGAAAGAAUUACAUACAUUGUCUACAUACGGAUGGGGGAAUCGCAGUGGCGCAGCAAGAUAAAGAAAAGGUGAUACAAGAUUAUUUUACAAACCACAUUGGCUCCGCGGUGCCGAGAGCUUCCACAAUCAACUGGCAAUCCCUUGGCUACAAUCAACAUGAUCUCUCCGAUCUGGAGAUGCCUUUCUCCUAG